AUGUCCAGCCCCCAGCUCACCCUCAUUGAAGCAUCAGAGGAUGACGCAGCCCGGAUUGCAGACAUCCACAUAGCCGCAUUUGAAACAAAACUAAUCUUCCUUGCCCAGUUCUCAAUGCCCGCCAUUCGUGAUGAGCUACGAGUAACUCUGCGGGAGAAGGCAAUUGACGAGAUUCGAGACCUGCAAUGGGCUGUUCUCGUUGUUCAUGAUGGCGCAGGAAUGAUUAUCAGUUUUGCCAAAUGGAGACGGCCUAUUCCUGAAUCAGAGGGGGAUAGAUAUGUCGAGGGGCCAUAG